GUUGAGCUGCCGAUCAGCAGAAAGCCCAGUAAAUUGUUGUUUUUGGAUUGGCGCAAAAACGUCUUUGCAUCGGUCGGUAGGCGAAACGGUAUCGAACUUUAGAAUGACCAGAAACUAAGUCCGAAUCAGGAGCCAGGCUGUACAGCAGGAUGUCUAUAGAGGCUGAGGCGUUGCUGCAGGAGGCUAAGGAGAGUAUAGAAGCAGCUCAGAAUUACAGGAGCGAACUACAACAACGCCUACAUGGACUCAGCCAAGCACGCAAACAGGUACGAGGCAGCUCGUCUCAGGCCAGGGAGGGGUUGAAGCGUCAUUUCUCAGAGCUCCAGACGGCUGUGACCCGCCUCCUGACGGAGCGUCUGAGCGUGCUCCUUAGCGAGGUGGACGUCAUCGAGCAGGACAGCGUACGGCCGCUGGACGACUGCCAGAAACUCAUAGAACACGGAGUCAACACCGCAGACGAGCUGCUCCGAGAGGGUGAGGUAGCUAUCCGCUGUGGUCUGGGGGAGAAGGAGGACAAGCUGGGGAGUUUCACCAAGAAGGCCCUUCAGAUCCAGCUGGACAGCCUCCCGGAGGUACCAGUGUUAGUAGACGUGCCGUGUGUGUCUGCCCAGCUGGAUGACUCUCUGCUGUACGCGCUGAGAGACAGAGUGUCACGACACGGAUCAGUCUCUUCACACCCUCCAGUCCAGAUAGAGGAACUCCAGGAGAGACCUGGCAGUGUGUUAGUACGCUGGUGUAAGGUGGAUGAUGAGUUUGCGGUGCAGGACUACCGCCUGCAGUAUCGUCGCUCAGUGUCUGGUCAGUACGAGGAUACCUACAUCGGGCCGGAGCAGGAGUUCCUGGUCCUACACCUGGACCCCCACACUGAUCAUCUGUUCAGGGUGUGUGCCCGGGGGGAGGGACGUACCGAGUGGAGCCCCUGGAGCGUCCCACAGACAGGAUACACCACACUGGCACCCCAUGAGUGGUGUCCAGGCAGUGAGGGCUACAUCCUCAGCAGUAGAAGGAACAUCGCCAUGCGGAGUGACUCGUCCCCCUCUAAAGCUGGGGUUCUCUACUCCAACGCUCCAACAUACUUCUGUGGACAGACGCUCACCUUCAAGAUCUCUGCGACGGGCCAGGUGGACAAGCGGGACAGUAUCGGGGUGUGUGUGGGGUGUGAGGGAGAGGCGGAGUCUCUCCAGAGGGACCAGGCUGUCUGCAUCUCCACCAACGGAGCGGUGUUUGUCAACGGUAAAGAGAUGACCAACCAGCUGCCUUCUAUCACCCUCGGCUCUGCUGUGACCUUUGAUAUGGAAGUGGUCAACCUACUUCCUAUUAGCAACAACAACAACCUUAGCGACGGAGGCAACUUCAAGCUGAGGGUUACGAUUGGCUCAGGGAACCGGGAAGUGGUGUUUGAUUGGCUGCUAGACCAGGGGGUGGACUGCCUGUUCUUUGGCUGCUCCUUAGCCCACCCUGGUUGGAAGGUGCUGGUGUUCUGAGCCUGCUGAUUGGACAGCAGCCCUGUCAGUCAACACAAAGGGACAAGCAGAGUAACAGUCCUGUCUGCUGGAGUUGUCCUGUCCCAAAUAAACCCCUUAGACCAGUGGUAUUCAAACUUUUUUUUAGCAGGGACCCUAUUUUUUGUGUGUUCAUUUUCUCAUGAACCCACCCCAAAAAUAAUGACAACCUUAAAUUAGUACAUCAACAAAUAAUCCUUAAUUCAUUACAUUUACAAAAAAACUAAAUAAAUGUACUCAAUUGUAUUUUUCAAAUACGUUUGUAUAUGGUCUCAUACAAUAAUCCGUACUUUUUGUUUAGUGGGGUCACGAUCAUCGCCUUUGAAUACCACUGCCUUAGACACUUAGCCUCUACCCCCUAUAGCUUUUCAGUAUUGGGGUAUUUCUCAAUGUGAAUUCAACUGCCGUUGUUUACAGUAAUGUACCCCUCCUUUACCCACUGUGACCCAUCUGUUCCUUUCACCCUGGGAAAGGUUUCAUCUGGCCUUCUGCAGCUAUCUAUGCUUCCUCCAGGUAUGACUGGUGAUGGCUGAGAGCUGUCUUCUCCAGUAUCAGAAAAUAUCAGCUCCAGUAGCACACCUUUCUCCUCUUGGCAUCUGGAUCAACAAUGUAUCCAAAGCCCUUUCUGAACUGGCUGAUAAGAUAUCCUGCCAUCUGAUACAGACUCGUGUACCACAACUGACCAAUCAUUCUUCCUUUUCAAGAGACACUCAGGCUGUGCAUGAAAUGGCACCCUAUUCCCUACAUAGUGCUAUGGGCCUUGGUCAAAAGUAGUGCACUAUAUAGGGAAUAGGGUGCCAUUCCUGUGCCCUAUUUCAGAUGCACAUUCUCUCCAAACGUCCUAAAAUGGUGGUGUUUUUUACUUUUGAAUGUGAGAACAAUAAGGGGGUGGUCUCGCUCAGAGAUCAGAGAGAGACACGUUACCUUUCAUCAAACACAUUUUUUACCACAGAAAAAAACACCACCACUGUGAAAAACAACUCACUCCAGAGAUCGUAACCUCUUCUUUGUCGGUCUCUCCUCCCCUGUCGACCCGUUUUCAAUUCUCUAGCUCCGUGUGAGCAGAACUCAUGGUGUAUACAAAGUUCUGAUUCUGUAAGUGUUCUGAAUUAGAUUCCAUUUUAUGCUCUUAAUGUUCUUUUUAAAAACGGUUCACUUUUUUUGCUAACAGUUUUCACAUCCAUGUAAUGUAACUUCACUUGUAGACAUUGAUGUACUUUCAUGUGAAUUUUUGGGGGAACUUGUUCUACUUGUGAGGUGAAUUUAUAUUUUAAGCGCCAUCCUAUUUCCUCUAGAGCACUAUAGGGACUAGGGGCCGUUUGGGUUGCUUCCUGUGGUUCUGCAGAGAUGGAAUGGUUGCUGUGGUUACAGAGUGCUCUUCAGCAGACUGACUGUUGAGUUAGAUGGUUCAAAUUAAAAUGAACCUUUAUUUAACUAGGCAAGUCAGGUAAGAACAAAAUGUUAUUUACAAUGACGGCCUACCCCCUCCCCUAACCCGGACGAUGCUGGGCCAAUUAUGCACCAACCCUAUGGGACUCCCGAUCAUGGCCGGUUGUGACAGCCUGGAAACGAACCAGGGUCUGUAUUGACGCGUCGAGCACUGCAAUACAGUGCCUUAGACCGCUGCGCCACUCGGGAGUGUGACAGUUUCACAUUUAACAGUGGUCAUACAUACUGGAAGACACUGCUUGUCGAUAAAAGCUAUAGCUGGAUAGUUACUCUGUGGCAGUGUUGCUUCACGUCCAAAUCAUCUGGUAUCAGUGAAACGCUGCCAAUGGUAGGGAGGUGGGGUUGGAAAUGGAACCAGGCCACCUGUUAAAGUGGGGUCGUACUCAGCUGUCUGUCAUCCACCACCCUCUUCAUGCAAACAUCCUUCUCCGAUUCCUUUAACUGUGUGCCUGAGUCCCAAAUAGCACCCUAUUCCCUAUCUAGUGCACUACUUUUGACCUGGAUCCAUAGGGCUGGUCAAAAGUAGUGCACCAGAUAGGGUGCCAUUUGGAAUGCUGACUGUGACUUGUAAUCAGGGUUGGGCUCAGUUCCAUUUCAAUUCCGGAGGUUAACUGAAAUUCCAAUUGAGUUAAAGUGGAAUGCGAGUUGACUUCCUAAAUAGCAUUGACCCCAGUCCUGCUUGUUAUCAGGCUUAUUAUUUACAUAUGUGUGUAUACCUCAUUGUGCCUUCCUUCAGUACAGAAUGAAUGCCCCAGAAACGUCCAAUAAAUUGCUUAGUCAUCUA